GCGCUGGCCCCGUUCAAGGCCAAGGCCAAGCCAUGGGCAACAACCAGAAUGAGGAUUAUGGUGACAAGGGACUCGACUUCCUCGAGAAGAAGACCGGACACACCAUGAGUCGGGACACCAACGAGAAGAUCACUGAUGGCGCGCGAGGCUUGUUCGAGAAGGCUACUGGGUACGUCUUCUUCUCCAUUUUUGUGGUCCUCGCCUCGCUCGCGAAGAGAUGGGAGGAAAGAUAAGGGCAACCUAAUGCCGUGUUGUGCUAUAGCAAGAAUUUGGAUGCCAAGUAUUCGAACUAAUAAGCUUGCUUUGCAGAAAAACUAUUGAUCCCAAGUGGUCGAACUAGACCUUGGGUCGUUCUUUUGUUGGGAGUUUGAUGCCGGAGGAAUGAUGGAU